AGAUCAGAUCUUCAACAAACAUGAGAGCUUCAAUUUCUACCUUUUUCCUAAUUCUUCUCGCUGUUGCUAUUACUUUCAAUGUAGCUCAAGCCCAAUUAAGUACAGCUGCAAAAGUCGGGCUUACAGCUCUUGGUGGAGCAGUGGUCGACAGAACAUUUUUCCGUCAACCGGCAAAUAACUACUAUUACAGUUAUCCUGGAUACAAUUAUUAUCAAGGAAAGAAGAGAAAGUAGACUAUUUGGACGAUUAUUUUGUUCACGAAAGAAUAUUAUCAAUAAAAAAUGUUCAAUUUAAUGUUUUUGUAAUAAAACAACGUGACACCCU